UUUUGCCAAUUACCCUUUAUGCAACGAUGGCAGCAAAAGUCUCAGCGUGGCGAAGAGGAUCUGGACACGUCGAGUCGAGGGAAAAUUCAAUUGGCUUUGCGCUACCUGGAGAACAAGCAACAACUGUGCGUUGAGGUAAUCCGCUGUGCCGACCUCGCGCCGAUGGAUCCUAAUGGCCUCUCGGAUCCUUUUGUUAAAUUGCAACACUACUUUUAG